AUGUGGGAAGAGGUUGUCAAUAAGUGCAAAGCCAAAUCUGCGUCAUGGAAAAAUAAAUGGCUUUCGCAGGUAGGACAAAUACAGAUGAUAAAAUCUGUUUUAUUUGCAGUUCCUGUCUAUUACAUGUCUUGCUACAAAUUGUCUUGCAAGGCUUCAUUGAAAUUAGAUGGAAUGCUCAAAAAGUUUAUUUGGGAAGGUUUGAAAGAGGAAAAAAAGAUCCCUUUAAUCAAUUGGGAAACUGCCUGCAUGCUUAAGGAGGAAGGUGGGGCAGGUAUUAGGAAAAUGAAUUUCCAGAACUUGGCACUUGGUGCCAAACUUGCUUGGAAAAUGUAUAAUUUUCCCCAUAAAGGCUGGUGCAAGUUGAUGGCUACCAGAUAUUUGGACUCGAAUGAGCUAGAGAGAAUAUUUACACUGGCCAACUUGAUUGGAGGUUCACCGAUAUGGAAAUUCAUUUGGGAAAGCAGGAAGAUCUUAACAGAUCAUCUCACAUGGAGGAAUGGUAAUGGGCGCAAAGCAAAGUUUUGGAGGGAUUCUUGGAUUGGAGAGGAAGCGUUGGCAGAUGUGAUUGAGGAUCAAGAUUGGAUCAAUCAAAUUGAGGCAGUCAUGGGAGUUUAUGUGGCAGAUUAUGUUGAUGUGAAUUUCUCUCCAAAUUCUCCUAUCUCGUGGAAAAGGGCUGGAGAUUGGCAAAGCGAUCACAAUCUGAAGUUGGUUGAUAUACUUAAAAGCAUGAAGACUUUCAUUAUGAAUGAAAAUUAUUCUCUUGUUUGGAAUGCUGCCAAAUCAGGUAAAUAUAAGGUGAGUUUGGGAUACGAAUUGCAAAGAAAGAGGCAGAAGGAUUGCAAAUGGCCUGCCAUUCUAUGUUGGGACAAAAGGGUGUUGCCUAAAACUGGUGCCCUCCUAUGGAUUGCAUUGCAUGGAAGGAUUCUUACAUGCGACAAACUUAAAACAAUAGUUAGAGACGAUAAAGGUAUCCUAGUAGGGGCAAUAUGUGGUCCUGUGGGAAUUGCUACUAAUAAUGUAGAGGAAAUCACUGAUUUAGAGGAAGGUUUGAAAUGGGCCUCAUCUAAUGGAGUUUCGAAGGUGAUGAUAGAGGGUGAUUCUCAAGUCAUCCUAAGCGGGAUUAUCAAAAAAGGAUUUUGGCGGUUAGAUGCAUGGAUCCUGAGGAUAAACUGUUUGCUUCAAAAGUUGAUGGAUUGCCAAUUUCACCACAUCUUCCGUGAGGGCAAUCAAGUGGCGGAUUUUCUAGCUAACCGAGGCAUUGCCGAGACUUUACCAACAGUCAUGUUGACAACAGAUGUUGGGAACAGAUAUCUUCAGAAUAUCCUGAACAAAGACAGAGCUCAUUUCUCAAGGACGGAGACUUUGGAAGAUCAUUGUGAACGUCUCUUUGAUAUUGAUACAGAAGGUCAAAUUGUCAUUCAAGGUUUGCUAGAGGAUGCGUACAGUGAGGAGAGGCACUGA